AAAAAAAGGAAGCCAAACCUAGCUCCUUCUAUCAAAACUCCAUAGGAGUCGCACAAUGUCCGCUCCACAACAAAGGCUUCUUCUGUAGAAAAGAAUUGCUCCGAUUUCAGUACCGACCUUUGUUUCGAUAUUAUUAAUGGGGCAUGGCGGUUAUGGGAAACGCAGAAUCCCCGACGCCGCUAACAGUAGAAACCGGCGAGAAUCCAAACCCAAAUCAUUAGCUGUUGAUAAGAAAUCCAAGUCAAAGUCCAAGCCUAAGGCUAAGGCUAAGGCUGUCUCUAUCAAGAAUCAAAUGCGCUCCAUCGAACGCAUGCUCCGCAAAGAUCUGCCUCCUGAAAUUAGAGAAGUUCAAAAACAGAAGUUGGACGAACUCAAAAAGCAACAGGAACUUCACAAUCGUCUGGCUGUGGAACGCAAAAUAUUUCUUCACAACAGGAAGGUUAAGUUUUUUGAGAGAAGAAAGAUUGAGAGAAGAAUAAGACGUUUGGAGAAACAGCAGCGCACUUCAUCUGGUAAGGCGCAAGAAACAGAAAUUGCUGAACAACUUGCUAAAUUGAAAGAGGACCUUGAAUAUGUUCGGUUCUUUCCCAAGAAUGAGAAAUAUGUGUCCUUGUUUUCGGGAGGUGACGAGCAAGAUAUUGUUGACAAAAGAAGUAAAUUACGUGAGCAAAUUAAAGCCAGUAUAGUUGCGGCUGCCGCAAGUGGAAAGGAUUUGGAAGAAACAGGGAGUGAAGAUGAUGGGCUUCUGGAUUUAAGCAGUGAUGAUUUCUUUGAAAGUGGAAGCUCAAGUGAUGAUGCUGAUGACGAGUUGACUGAUAAAAGUACAAGAGAACAAGCUUCUAGUGCAUCAGGGAAAGCAGCUUCUAGCAUGUCCAGCGAUGAAAAAAAUCAGAGGCAAAUAUCUGCCCGUGCUCUAAUGCCACCACCUCGUCCUUCAAGCAAAUCAUUUAGUCAUUCAGUAAAUAAAAAAUCACGGUUUGGAGGAUCUACAAGUAAGAAAUCAUCUUUUCGUGAUAUGUCAACCUCCAGCAACACAUCAGAUAGCAUUGAUCGAUCUGCCUUCGGAAAAGGAAGAUCUGCAGAUUCACUCACAGGCAACAGUGGCAAUAUCAGCUCUAACUCUGAUGCUCGAAAACCCCGAAGAAAGAGAAGACCAAAGAAGAAAAAACAACAGGCUUGAAUCAAGUUCCUAUAGUUGCCAAUAUAAUGUUGCAGCUUGUUUGUACCAGAGUUUAGUUCUGAGGACAAUUGAAAUGCCUCUGUAUUUCAAGAAUUAGAUUGCAACUUGUUGAGGCUACUUAUGUUUUAAUAACAUCUGUUUGAUAUAGUCUUCAUUUUAAUGGUGUAAUCACUGCUUUAAUCUCCAA